AGACUAAGCACACCAAGGUCUCUGCAGAGAACUACACCAGAGGACGAGAUCUCAAGGGACAGACAGUGACGUGAGGAUGAAGCUGGCCCUGUUUGCUAUCCUGCUGGUGAUCGUUGUGGUCCAGCCGCAAGGCACCAGUGGAUAUUACUGGAAACGUAGAAGUGCAACAGUCUAUGUGGACUGUGGCAGAGGCCUGCGUGGAGAUGGGAUUUUAGGCAAGACUGAUGGCUAUGUCAAGGUGAAAAUUGGCUGGAGGACCCUCAGUACCAAAGUCAUUAACAACAACAACAACCCCAACUGGUUUACGUAUUUGAGAUUCGGAACAACCUACUCCCGAAUUGGACAUGUGGAGAUCUGGGACAAAGACAGUGGAUUUUGGUGGAACAGGGAUGAUCUACUGGGAAGAUGCUACUUCUACAUGUACCCAGGACGCAGAACGCUCACCUGCAGGAUGAGACAUGGUUUUGUCAGGUUCUCCUACACUUAUGUUUAACCUACCUGAACCUACAUGAAGUAUCUACUAUUGGGAGAAAAUGGAGUGGAAUCUCAGAUAAAAUUAAUUUUCUUGAAAUGGGUGGUAAUCUAUUGUAUUUUACUGUCAUUUAUUAUGACCCUCUAUUUUGCCUGUGAGACACUAAAUUUAAAUCAAGUGAAAUGUCAUGAAGUCAUGAAAUAUGGACAGUAAACAGUAAAGCAAAAAGGGAUACUUAUGAUCAGCUGUGUUUAAUUCAAUUUUAAAUGUUUAACUUUUGAUUCUGAGAGCUAUCCUGUCUUUCUGUAACUUUGAUUGAAUAAAAUCAAUAUCAAGA